AUGGCCAGCUGGAAAACGCUACGGUAUGGACAACAGACUCAUCUUCACCAUCUUGUUUGUGACGCUGUCCUGGAUGUCUGUUGGCAUCCAUGGGCAAAGCUCUACAACAGUAGCAACAAUGGCACCAUCCACUGCAAGUGCAACAGGUUCAACAAUGGCACCAUCCACUGCAAGUGCAACAGGUUCAACAAUGGCACCAUCCACUGCAAGUGCAACAGGUUCAACAAUGGCACCAUCCACUGCAAGUGCAACAGGUUCAACAAUGGCACCAUCCACUGCAAGUGCAACAGGUUCAACAAUGGCACCAUCCACGUCAAACGCAACAGCUGCAACAAUGGCACCAACAAUGGCAAACGCAACAGGUUCAACAAUGGCACCGUCCAAGUCAAACGCAACAGCUGCAACAAUGGCAACAACGAUGGCAAACGCAACAGGUUCAACAAUGGCACCAAUGAUGGCAAACACAACAGGUUCAACAAUGGCACCAUCCACGUCAAACGCAACAGCUGCAACAAUGGCACCAAUGAUGGCAAACACAACAGGUUCAACAAUGGCACCAUCCAUGUCAAACACAACAGGUUCAACAAUGGCACCAUCCAUGUCAAACACAACAGGUUCAACAAUGGCACCAUCCAUGUCAAACACAACAGCUGCAACAAUGGCACCAUCCACGUCAAACACAACAGCUGCAACAAUGGCACCAUCCACGUCAAACACAACAGCUGCAACAAUGGCACCAUCCACUGCCCCAACUGCUGCCCUGACCACUGCCACAACCAUUAGUACUACUAGCAAUGCCAUUGCACUCCAGCAGUCACUCACACAAGCUCUGCUGGUCACUGUGGGUGUGCUCCUUCUGGCCAACCUAUGAGGAAACUCAAACCUACAUGAGUCAAGAAAACCAUCACAUCUCUAACCAUAUCCACUGCAUACAAUCUGUUAAACAUCUCUCCAAAUGUUUACAGUUUAUUAGCAGCACACUUCUUUCUGCGCCAUCUUAAUGCAGCUUAGACAAAAAGGUGGAGGGCUGUCAUCAAAGUUUGAAGACUUUCUGGUUCAAUGUUAUUUUCAAAGCAUUUGUGCUUUUGCUGAUUUUGUUCAAAGACUUAUUUAAGGCACUGUAAAAGCUUCAACCAGCUGUUUUCAGUCCACGAUAAUCUUUAAAUUGCUAGACUUGGUUAGAAAUGAGCGCCACCCCACAAGAUAACAGAAUGCGCAGACCAUUCAACCCCCUAAAAUCAAAAUCAGUGUGACUUCUGUGACUAACAAGCUUCUGUGGUGUCAGUAAGGCUUCUAUGUGUAAAUUUCUAAUUUAUCUUCAUGUCAAAAUGUCUUGAAGGAAACGGAAAACUCCAUCAGCACUUGUAGUUUAGAAAAAAACUAGUAGACUGAUGCACUUGGAUUGCAGCCUUUAUUAGGGCCAUUCAGAAUAGUUGUGCCAGAAAUAUCUACUUCAGCCAAAACUUCUAACCAAAAUCUGAAGAAAUAACAAAUAACUUUUUAUCAAUUCUAUUGUUACGCUUGCUCUCUUGAUGGCUGGAUACACUCUUAUGAAGGAUCAGUUAUUAUGCAUCGUGUUCAGGACAACAAAAGAGCAAAUGUUCUACUGCCACUAAUGAUGACACCAACAAAUGGCAGAUUUGUUUGGAACUAUACUGUUAUUAUUAAUAUUAUCAUCAAUGUUGGUUUACUUUUUUUAUUUGAAUGUGCUUUCUUGAUGCUUCAACAGUGGUUAAAAUAACGCCAUCACUGGCUGAUAUUUAUGAAUGAAUCAUUUAGAAUGCUAUUAUACCAAGUACUGGUGGAAUUGAUUUUGCACAUUGCAUCAUGUUACAGUUGAUUAUUUUUUGUAUACAUAUUUUAGGAAAAAAAUAUUUACCAAAUUACCAAUAAUAUCAGUGUAAAUGUUGUUAAGUCUUUAAGCAGUAACAUGUUUUUAUUCUCCAUCUCUUUUCCAUUUGAACCUUUCCAGAAUUAGUUUCAGCAACCAUGUGGUUUGGAAAUGUGUAAAACAACGGGUUCUCUUCAGUCAAAUCAAAUACUUCUAUACUAAAUUUUAACUAUUUUGAAUACAUACAGUGCUAAUAAAAAGUAUUUACCUCCUUGGGUGUUUUUUC